AUCUGACCAUGUCAUGUCACAUUCGUCUCAAAUCCCUGUGCCAAGCAGGCACUCAGAAACUGAGGAAAGAAGGGAGAGAACAAGCAGAGAAUCCCUCCCACCCUUCUACUCCUCAGAGCCCUGGGGUCAGGGCCAAACCGACCUGGCUCCCUUGGGGCUGGCAGUGUGUGGGCUUCGAGGAGGCCCUGGGUCAGACUGCGCCCUCCCUGUCCUCGGGUGGCACCUUCACUUCACUGUGCCUGCUGCUCUGCUGCGGAGGGAGCGAGGCACUUCACACAGGCUCCAGCCCCCACGUCCUCAUUGUUGAGGCAGAAUGGGUCUCCUGGGGUGGGACAGGGCGCAGGAGGGUGAGAGAACUAGUGAGGACACAAGGCUGCCUGGGAGGCCCUUUGAGUGGGAGAAGAGAGCCAGAGGGUGCUGAGCUCUCUGAAGAGGGCCUGGGAGGAGGGAGAGUGGGCUUGUGCCUGGAGACGUCACCGGGCUUGAUAAAAGAGGACGGGAUCGGGAAGCUGUGAGCGUGAGCCCAGGAGCCCAGCUCUCUCCCGAGGGUGCUCACCUGCCCCGGCACCUCCUGCUCUCCUCCAGGACCCUGCAGAGCUCACACCUGGGCCGAGGACCUGCCUCCUUCCAGGAUGAACUCACUGGUUUCCUGGCUCCUGCUCUUCCUCUGCAUCACCGCCUUGGGAGAACCCCUGGCAAAGGUGGCACCUGUGGAGAAUCCUAGGCCCACAGGCCUGCGGCUGGGACCCCUGGCCCUCCUGACCCCCUGGGGGCAGGGCCUGCAGUGCGCGGAGAGGAAGCCCGCAGCCGGGCCGCGCCCUCGGGGGGCCUCGCUGUGCCCGCCGCCCGCCGAGAGCUCCGCGGAGCCCGCGCGGCCCGGCCUGUGCGCCCGGCGCAGCCGCCUGAUCCCCGCGCCGCGGGGCGCCGUGCUGGUGCAGCGGGAGAAGGACCUGUCCGCCUACAACUGGAACUCCUUCGGCCUGCGCUACGGCAAGCGGCGGGCAGCGCCGGGCAGCCACGGGGGCGGGGGCGCGCAGCGCUGAGCGCACAGGUGCUGGUGCAGGCCUUGAACUACAAUCAGGCCCUGCGCCAGCUUGGGGCGGGCCUGGAGCUUCUGGCUUGAGGCAAUAAAAGAAAUGCUGCC